AAGAUAGAUUUCCACCACCACCUCCCUAAUUUGCUGCCAAGCGUCUCCCAAUCGCCUACUGUAGUAACAACUGUUACGUGUGAACAACCGACUUACUCACUUCUUUGCUGUUAUACUAUUCUUUCGCGCGUCUGUCCUUUUACAAGGUGUAUGCGUACUACAGUAGUAAGAGUGGGGAUCCUGAAUUGCUUAACCUAAUCUACGCCGGACGGGAGAAAGUUGGUGGAGAUUGACCGCAGACACGACAGGAGGGGUCGACUUUGGAACGUAUACGCAAAAGAAGCACGCGGUGUGUUGCACUUGGGGACAGUAAUAGAGGUGGAUUAGAUCUGGAACGGGAGAUCGAUACACAAUGGCUCCAUAAGGAAUAACAAGUUAGACCUGGAAAGGCACCCGGCAAUCUGACACUCAACGCGACACGACAUAGUCGCGACCGCGAACAUGUUCUCCAAGUCGCGCAAACAGGAGCGCGAGCGCAGCGCCUCCCACACUCUACCCCCCGGCCCCGUCGCGCUCGCUGCAGCGAAGAAGGCCGAGGCGAAGAGACUUGCUGCUGCCGCCGCCGCCGCCGCCGCCGCCAAUGCCGUAAGGGAGCCCGCGUUGCCAACACCCCCUCCGCCCGUCCCACCCCUACCCACCCCGCCCGCGUCCGCGACAUUCCCACCGCCAGCACCACUCGUCAGCCCGCUGCAGAUGACCUUCGACUUCGAACUGGAACAGCCGAACACUUCAUCCCUGGCCGACUCCGUCUUGCGUGGCAGCGAGGAGAGCUAUUUCGGCUCGGUACGACCGCGGACGAGCGACGGCGCGCUCUCGACCGCGAGUACCAGGAAGAGCACGUUCGUCAGCUCGCCGAGUUUGCAGCCACCCGUCCUCCCUCCCAUCCCGAGGGUGGCGAGCAGUAACGCCAGCUCCACGAGUCUGAGUUCGCAGGAGCCGCCCAAACCUGUGGACCCAACGACGGCGGACCGCAAGUCAAAGGUCGACAGCGAUAGUGUCAGCGUCAGCGGAACAAGCACCCACCGGAAAUCAAAAAUCGACAACAGCGACGCCAUAAGCGUGAGCGGGCUGAGCCUAAGCAGCAAACGGAGCCACGUGCGGCCGCAAUCCAGCUUCGAGCAACCAUACCAACACCACCACCCCGUCGACUUGAUGCCGCCACCGAGUGCCACACGCUCCAGCGCUGCACCCUCCUACGGCCGCCCUUCAACUUCCGGAGGCUCGACGCCGAAAAUGGAAGCCUCACUCUUCCCGCCCCGCACCGACUCCUCCACCAUAGCCACAGCGACAGCAUCAUCCUCAUCGUCACCGAGCAUACCCAUGUCGCGCGCAUUUGUGGAUAGUAGGGAUAGGCCUUAUACUUACUCCACCCUACCCACCUUACCCACCCUCACCACCACCAACACCACCAACACAACCACAACAACAUCUACCUCACGACCCCCACCCAUCCAACUCCAUAGCAGCGCCAGCCUCCCCUUCCUCCCCAGCCUCAGCACGCCCAUGCCCGACCUCCCCCCGGUCACUUCGCCAACGGGCUACGGCAAUUUCUACUCCGAUCAAGAUCCCCCCGUCUCCUUCCGCCCGCCGUCGCCGUCGUCGGCGGAUGCGGCAUCGCUGCGUGCGCCGCCGAGGAUCAGUGGCGCGCGGUUGAGUCCUAGUGCUUCGGUUGAGGAUUUGAGGGUGGCGCCGCGGGAGGGCAUGGGAGGACUGGGGUUGGGCAGUCCGACGGGGAGUACUUUUUCUGCUUCUGUGAUGACGGCGGGGGGAGGAGUGGGGUUGAGGAGUCCGACGAGUGGGACGUUUGGGACGACGGCGCCGGCGUUGAGGAGUCCGACGAGCACGACGUUCUCUGCUCAUGCGCCGGCGUUGAGGAGUCCGACGAGCACCACCUUCUCUGCACAACCGCCACCGUUGAGGAGUCCGACGAGUACGACAUUCUCUGCUCCUGCGCCGGCGUUGAGGAGUCCGACGAGCACCACCUUCUCUGCACAACCGCCACCGUUGAGGAGUCCGACGAGUACGACAUUCUCCGCCCCACCGCCACUGCAAAGGUCAAUGACAAGCGGUACUGCGGUCACGACGGCUACAACGACUACGACGGCGACCGCGCCUGCUACACCGGCAGCGACAGACUACAGUGGCUCAACCAUCCGCGCAAGCCCACAAUCUUCCGCUGCAAGAACACAUGUCCCAGUAACCCUCCACGACGGUCCCUCAACAUCCACCCUGCACAGCACAAUCGGAACACCAUACCAAGAAACCUCAUCCUCCUACCCCCUACCGAAGCAUGUUUCCGUCCGACCUAAGACAGCCGGCGCAACGGCCACAGUGGCGGGGGUUAGUGUGCCCACGCAUCACACCACCUCUGCGUCCUCCAAACAGAAACAGCAACACGACAACAACACCCCAGAAAAGACGGACAAACGCAAGACCCGCCUGUUGAAGCCAAUGCACAUCCUCUCCCGCCGCAAAUCCGGCCAAGACAACACCACCAGCGAAGUGACUCUUGCGGCCGAACGGUCCGAAGCGGCUCAAGCGUACGCACGGCAGAAGAGUGUCGCUGCUGUCGGGGUGAACAAGAUGCCGGAGGAUUUCGACCCGAGGAUAAGGGGGAAAGUGGUGCAUGAUUUUAGUGCGCCGAGGGGUACCGCGAGGAGGGGGUUUUCGUACAAUGAAGGAGAACUACUCACUCGCGAUUCGCAGGGACAGUCGAUUGCUGCUGCUGCGGUGACGGCGCCGGGGGAGCUGGGAUAUGAGCAGGGUGAAAUACCACGCCAGAUGAACGGAACUAACAAUAGACACACAAGCGAUGACACUUCCAGCCACACGCGCCUCAGCACGAAUACGGUGGCGCAUACGCAAACGCACUCCCCCGUUUUCCGCGAACACCUGGCCGAAGAAGAGGACGACGAUGACCGCAUCGGCUCUCUCAACGCCGAAAGACUGGAGAACCGACAAUUUCUGCAGCGCGUCUCGCAUCAGUCGUCCAAUAGCGGGUUAUCGCAGGAGAGCGGUGUGUUACCUCCGUUUGCGCGGAGGAGUCAGGGUCAGAGUCAGACGCUCGAUCUCACCAGCCAAGCGGGGUUGUAUCAUCAGGAUGACGGGUACUCGAAUCGGAGUAGUGACCCGAGUUCUGGCAGUGGCGGCGGCGGUGGUGGAAAAGAGAGGGAGCGGGAGAGGGAUUCGCUACCUACUUCCGUCAGUGAAAACGUUUCACCUAUUGUCAGUUCGAGGCGGAAGGGGCAGGUUCUCGAUCUGAGAGGGAGUCAUCCUCAGGGUGAUGGUGUGGGAGGCGGCAAGUUCAGUCCCGUCUCGCCUGCUACUUCCGAACCAGCUGGCUUCCGGCCGUUCUCGACAUUCUCCUCCGACUUGCAGAUCAGGACUGCGCCUACGUCGCCGGAUCCGAGAGGUGGGGCUAGGACGUUCAAUGAGGCUUCGGGAACGGCUAGGCCUGCUUCUGCGUCUACUUCCCUUUCGACUCCGAUGUCGAACUUCCUGCCGUCGCAACCGGCUAUUGUCGAGCCGCCGGCGGCGGUGGUGGAAGAUCACUCGGAAGACCCCAUCUUCCCUGCUGUGCCGAGCAUACGCAGUUCCUACCGGAACUCGGCCAUGGCUCCCGAAGUCGUCAUACUGCCCAAUCGAUCCAGCGUACAGGCGUCCGAGGCGUUGCGGAUACCGAUCCCGGAUCGUACUUCCUCCCUAACACCAGACGGCGGAAGUCUAGCCGUGCCCGCACCGACUUCUCUUUCACAGCGAGGCUCUGCCUCUUCCCUGACGAUCUCGAUGCCAGGACGUAACUCCGAUUAUACGACUCCCGAACUCACUCCCGAGAUCCGCACGGCGAAUUCGGUGCGUGUGGGAAGUGGGAGGCAGGUCAAUGGGACGCCGAGGCUGGUGGAGAGGAAGGCGUCGGCUGUGGGGCAUGCGAAGAGGGGGUCUACUCCUACGAGUCCUUCUACUUCUGCCCUUACUGCUACGCCUGCUCGGCCGGGUAGUGGUGGGAGUUUGGAUAAGAGUGUUGGAGGUGGCGGUGCGACGACAGCAAUGCCGAAACACCGCGUCAGCAAUGCAAGUCGGUUUAGCUUUCAGUUUGGCGAGAGCGCGGAGGAGGAGCAGGCGUUGGAGGAGAAGCAUCGGAAGAUUAAGGGGCAGAGUUUGGAGUCUGCGUAUAGUGGUGGCGUUGGGGGUGUGAGAGGGAGCGGGGGUGCGAGAGCGGGAGCGGCGGAGGAGGAAGAGGAGGAGGAGUUGUUUGAUGAGAGUGCUAUUGAUGAUUUGGAUGAGCUUGAGAUGGAGAGGCCGAGGGAAGAAGAAGAGGAGGUUGAAGAGGAAGAGGAGGAGGAGGAGGAGGAGGAGGAGGAGGAAGACGAAGAGGUGGAUGUGGAUGUGCCGAAGCAAGAAGUGAAAGCGCAAGCUUACUCACGGGAAUUACUGCAUCUGCAACACGCGCGCCGACAACUUCGCGCCGAUGUCUCAGACGACGACGAUGAUGACGAUGAGAGCACCUAUAGCGCCGAAGAAGAAGACCAACUCAUGGACGAGCGCGAGUUACCCUGGUACGAGCACCCAGUCAUGCGCGCGCAUUCGGCUAUGGCGAAUCAUUAUCGAACGGCGAGUCAGACGACGAGUGCUAGUAAUAGUAACCUUGGCAGUGCCGUGCAGUCGCCUGAGCAAAAUCGGUUACGAACGAGCUAUGGAUUUGGUCCCACGAGCGCUGGUGCCACUCCAGAGCAGAGUAGUCGGGGCGGGAGUAAGGGUCAUAGUGCUGCGCAGUCGCCUGAGCAUCGGAGGAUUACGAGUUAUGGCUUCAUGGCACCAGCGACUGGUAGUAGUACUCAGGAGAACCGGAGGGAGGAGAGCGAGGGGUCCGCAUUGAUGGGAAAUACUACUCUGCUCAGCCCCAAUCAUGCGAACGCGGCGUUCGUCCAGGACGGUUUCUCCGCUACUGAGAGCGUACCGGGCGGUGUCGGUGGAGCGAGGCCGAGAAGUGGCUUCUACAUGCAACCGCAAGCGGCUGGGUAUUCGCCUACGACCACUCCCAGCCCGAGAAAUGAGAGGCCGGCGCUGCCGCAUAGAGAGAGUGGGAAUAGCGAACGGAACCGGGUCGCUAGUGGGAUGAGCUUUGCUUCUGGUUCGGGUCCUGUGGCAGCAAGGCCGGAAAGCCGCAAAUCGGAGCAGGCGCGUGUUACCAGCCAGUCUACUGUGGGUAAUGGCAGUAGGUCGUCUGGGGACAGGACGAAUGACAGUGGCCUUGGGUUGAGCGGGUUCAGUGACUUCAACUUCAGCGAAGAUGCGAAUGCGCAGGCCAAUGCUACGAGGUCCACUUCGGCGGAGACUGAGGAUGUGGGAAAGAAUGCGAACUCGAACCGGUUGACGAAGGAUAGCGAGACGAUGCCGGCGCAUGCGGGGUGGGCGGAUAAGGUCAAGCAUCAGUCGAAGGAUAGCGAGACGAUGCCCGCACAUGCUGGGUGGGCGGAUAAGAUCAAGCAUCACUCGGGCGGAACGCAGGGUUCGCAGGGAGGAGCGAGUUCGUAUCUCUCGAGUCCGGAGGGGAGCGGUGGGGUUAAGAGGGCGAUUGGUGGUCGCGAUCCGCACGCUUCUCCUUCGGUCAACGGCAAGCCGACGUCCGUCAACGAGCCGAAAGAUGACAUUUACUACGACGACGGUGGGUUCGAGGAAGACAUUGAUGACGAAUUCCAUCACGGACGACGUGAUAGCGUGGACGAAGAGGAGUUCGAUAACGAUGCCUUCCUGAACCGCGUGAACAAGGGCUUCGGCCGGCACAGAAGCCACGAUGGCGAACGUGUUGCGAGCGCCAUGACUGUCACCAGCAUUGGCAGCGAUGGACCAUACCCUUCCUUUGCAAUGGGCGGGAAUCCGAUGAAGAUCCGUCAACGGCAGUCGCAGAUGCUGCUUGAAGAUCUACCCUUAUUGACCGGUCCUGUCGACCCGAAGCUCAUCCCGCAGCGCAACCCGUCCGAGGACGCUAAGCGGUUAGGUUUGAGCGACAAAGUGCCUCCGCUACCUCCGCCUACGGGGAGUAAGGAGGCCAUGCUGCAGAUGCAGGCGAAUUUGCAGGCAUAUCAUGCUGCGCUUGCGGAGGCGGCGAACAAGGCUGCUAGUGAGGGAAGGUUUUGGAGGCAGCCGAGUUUGUCUACGACAAGGAGUGUGAGUGUGUACUCCGCUUCGAAAGCUAUGCAGGAGGUGGAUGAAAGGGGAGGGAGGGAUGAUCGGAGUGAGUAUUCCCGGGAUGAGAACAACCAUCUGGGCGUGCCAGAUGAUGGAAGGCCGAAUCUAGAUCGUGGGCCUUCGGACGAAUCAACGGGCUCGAAAAUGGAUCACGACACGAAUUACAGCCCUCCGCCGAAGAUGAGCCUCGAUUUACCCAAGAUGAGUUUCGACUUCGGCUUCGAUGAUCUCUCUACGGGUGUCGAAGAAGAUACGGUCCAAGAUGACUUCGCCGAAGACGAUGACAUCGUCGCUGCCGCCAAUGCGGAAGCGCUCAUGAGCGAAGACGCCGCCUUUUACGGGCAAGAAUUUGGCUUCUUUGCCAAAGCUCGUCCGAGCUCGAGUGAGGUAGAGGCAGUGAAUGGCGGGUUCUUUGGUGACGACGGGGAUGAUGGGUUGGCGCGGAACAAGAGCCUGAAGGAGCCGAAUCUGACACCCAUCACUGAGCGGAGUGAGUUCAGCACGCGGAACUCGUUUGUCAACCUAGGACAUGGGGCUGCGUUCGGCCUGCCGAGUGCUGGCUUGCAUGGACAUGGCAGUUCGAGCCCGGCACUGGCGCUGGCGAGGUCACCGUUGAAGGAGAAUGAAGUCGCGAGCUUUGAGCAGUUGAGGAAGCUGCGCGCUUCGGCUUUUGGAGGUGGGAGCAGCGGUAGCCCCGCCAGCGACAAAGAUGUGGCCAAAGGUACGCCGGCUCAUGCGUGGACAUGGACGUCUGACAGCCCGGCGAGCGCGAAGUCCCCAGGUCUUACGGUGCAGAACACCUUCAACCCUGUGGGAGGGGCGCCGAUGACGCUGGGUUGGGGUUCGGAGAGUACGGUGUCGAGCGUCCCGUCAAGCACCCAUCCGCUUUCGUCGAGCCAGUUCGACAGUCCGCAGCGAUUGCAGUUCCACGAUAGUCCGCACUCCGCCACUUCGAGCGGGCAGUUCCCGUUUAGCAAGAAGGAUGCGGUGGAAGAUGCGGAGAUGACGCCCCGAAGAGCACCGCCUACGUCACCGGAACCUGCUGCAACCACGAGCAAUGUCUCGUCGCCGAAGACGAUGAGUGGGAGUUUACUUUCAUCUUCCCACUCAGGCAAGGCGAAUGACGCCGUGACGAAUGCGAAGGCGGAGGAUCCGGCGGGGAGUGUAGUGCCGAAGUGGAUUAUGGAGAGGCGGCGGACAAGUGCGCAUGGUCAGGUGGAGGUUGUUGGGAGAGAAGUUCUCAGGGGUGGAUGGAUAUAGGCUUUGGCCUAAACGCUACUUCUUGGAUAUGGGUGGGUUUUGGAUCUCUGUGUGUGCGUUUGAGCGAGGCGUUGCAUGGGCUGGGACAGAUACCACGGUUGCUUUACGCAGCUAAAGUGCAUGGGAUAUGGACAUGUGAAUGUAUAUAUGCAUGUAGAGAUGGAUGUACAUUCUGUAUAAUGUA